UAAGCAAUGCUUGCUUUUGUUGCUUAAUUAGCUCUCAAUUGCCAACUCUAAUGAUGGGUCAGUUUCCCUUUGCCAGCUCAGUUACCAUUCUCUUUCAUCUCUCUUUUCGUUAACGGAAGCACUCAAUAUACGAGUUGGCCUGGAAUUGAAACAGCUCUGACAGCGAGAUGAGUGCCUCUUGUUCUUUCUUUUUAUAGCCCUUUUCCCCUUUUCUAGCCCUUUUUACGACUGCCCACAUUCCCAAAAUCUUGUCUUGUGCCUUCAUGAAAUCAAAUUUUCUCGCUGUGCGUCUUUGGUAGCAGGCUUUUCUGCAAGUGGGUCUCUUGGGUUGUGAUCUUUGAUUGAGAUUGGUGACAAAUUCACAGCUUUCUGGUCGCGUGCCGUAGUUCUUGAUCAGCUGAAUCGAUCUCUGUGAAAAAGAUUGAAUCUUUGGCUAUCAGGAUGAAGGAUUUCCCCUCUUGUUUCGGCGAAAGCGGCGUGCAAGUAGUAGAUUCUUCAUCCAAUGCGGCAAAAUCUGCUCACAAUCUCGUGACUUGCAUCUAUCAAGCUCAGGUUGGCUACAAUUCUUAUGCGAUCACUCUCUGCUGGAGCAAACACUUGAUGGGUCAAGGUCUCAACAUCGAAAUCGAAGAUUCCGCAAACAAAUGCCUCUGCAAGUUUGAUGUAAAGCCUUGGUUGUUCUCUAAAUGGAAAGGAUCAAAGAGACUGGAAGCAGACAGUGCCAAGAUUGAAAUCUUUUGGGAUCUCUCGGCUGCAAGGUUUGGAUCUGGGCCUGAACCAUUGGAAGGGUUCUACGUUGCCUUCUUGUUUGAUCGUGAGGUGGUCCUGUUGCUUGGUGAUAUGAAUAAAGAGGCAAUGAGAAAGGCUAAUGCAGGUCCUUCCCCUUGUAGUGCGGUGUUUGUAGCUAAAAAGGAGCAUAUUUUUGGGAAGAAGGUUCAUUGUACGAGAGCUCGGUUUUGCGAUAACGGGAAAGUUCAUGAUGUUGCUAUAGAGUGUGAGACGGUUGGACCCAGAGAUCCUUCGCUUGAGAUUCGGAUCGAUAAGAAGAGGGUUUUGCAAGUGAAAAGGCUUUGUUGGAAGUUUAGAGGGAACCAAACUAUUUUGGUUGAUGGGGUUUCGAUCGAAGUGUUUUGGGAUGUUCACAGUUGGCUCUUCGGAGGGCAUGUUGGCAAUGCGGUGUUCAUGUUUCAAUCCUGCUCUUCGAGCGAGAAGUCGUUGCCGUGGUCUUCUUCUCGAGAGCUGAAAGAAACCCAAUUGCGGAGCUUAGGGUUUUCAUUAGUUUUGUAUGCGUGGAAGAGUGAUUAUUAGGUGUGUUUGAUACUGUUAUGUGCAUGGUUGAGAAUUUUAUUCUUUUUUCUUCUCCCAUUUCCCCCUUUCUAGGACAGUGCGAGUGAGGAUCCCAUUUGUGUCUGGGAUUGAAUGGUUGAUAAAUUUGAUAUGUUUGAAUAGAUUGGAAAA